GAUACUUUAAGCUACAAAUUACAUUAUCGUCUGUGAUAACAGAUAUAAGAAAUGAAAAUUAAAAAAAAUAACAAUAUAAACAAAGUAUGAGCUGCUCUGUAGAAUUACGUCAGUCAAGACAUGAAGGGAUGGCGGAGGAUCCCCAUAAAUUAGUAUUGAUAAUGAAUAAAUCUCAGAGACUUAUUUUGGGACUUUCAGUGUUAUUGCUAGUUGAUAUUAUUUGGGUUUCCGGUUCAGAGCUGACAAAAUAUAUUUAUAAAGAAGCAUCCUUUGAUAAACCAUUUUUUAGUACUUAUAUCAAAACUUCAAUGUUUUCUUUGUACUUACUUGGUUUGUGUUUCUGGCCACCAUGGCGAGAUCAAUGUAACAAACCAGCAACAUAUAAGUUUAUAGAUCCAAAUGUAGAAGAUGAUAAUUUUUAUUCGGAAGGUAGCACAAGCUUAAGUGAUUCUACAUUUAUACCAAUUAAAACUCUUGAACAAUGUGAUAGAUCUUCUGGUACUGAGAGUGAUGAUUUAUCUGUUCGUUCAGUAAGAUUUAGUAAAUUAGCAGAAGUUCGACACAUGUCACAGAAUGAUGCAACUGAAGCUCUAUUAGCUAGAUUAAGUUAUCAAGCUAGUGUUAGAGCAGGUGAACAUGCUAGACGACAAGCUAAUAAAUUUUCUAUUCAAAAAGUUGCUAAAAUUGCAUUAAUGUUCUGUUUUUUGUGGUUCAUUGCAAAUUAUACUUAUCAAAUGUCUGUAUCUGAAACAGAGGCAGGAAUUGUUACUGUGCUGUCGUCUACAUCUAGUUUAUUUACUUUCUUCCUUGCAGCAUUCUUUCCCAGCAAUAAUGGAGAUAAAUUUACAUUAUCAAAAUUAGUUGCUGUAACGAUAAGUAUUUUUGGUCUUAUUCUUGUUGGAUUCUCAGAUUUGACUUUAGAAGCCAAUCGAAUACCUACUGGUGUAAUAUUAGUUCUAGUCAGUGCAUUUUUUUAUGCUACUUAUGUUGUAUUUUUAAAAAAAAAGGUUGACCAUGAAGAUAAAAUGGAUAUACCAAUGUUUUUUGGCUUUCUUGGUCUUUUCAAUUUAAUAUUACUAUGGCCUUUAUUUUUUAUAUUGCAUUAUGGCCAAUGGGAAGAAUUUGAAUGGCCAAAUGUUCACCAGUGGGUGUUUCUUAUAAUAAAUGGUCUAAUUGGAACUGUACUUAGUGAAGUUCUUUGGUUAUGGGGAUGUUUCCUAACUUCUUCUCUCAUAGCAACUCUAGCAAUUAGCUUAACAAUGCCAAUAUCUAUGAUUAUUGACAUAUUAUUGAAGAAAGUGGAGUAUCCCUGUAUUUUUUAUUUUGGAAUCAUUCCAAUGAUCUUAGCAUUUUUAACAGUAUCUCUUUUAUCGCAUUUUGAUAAUUGGGAUCCUGUUCUAGAUAUGAUAAAAAAGCUAUAUAUAUGGAUUUGUCGUAGAAGUAGAUCCAUAAGGAUACCUGAUCUGGAGGUAGAGCAAACAGAGUCCCUUAUUGGUAUAAAUAAUGGAGAACACGAAGCGUAACUUGACAAUAAAUGUAGAGUUGCGUGAUACUUGAGUUUUUUAUUUACCAUAAAAAAUUUACAUACUAAAUACUGAAUUAUAAAAAGUAAGCACUACAAUCAUGUUUUAUUCUAUAAAACUGAGGGAGACAAGUAAAAUAAGUGCCAUUUAAACGAAUUUUUAUUAGGAAGUAGAUAAUUAA